AUGCCUUGCUUCCAUAUGAAGAGCAAUAGGGAAAAAAGGUUUCUGGUUUUAAUCCUACUUCCUGUUAUCGGAGGUCUGUUUCUUUUAUUCCUUGUCAUUGGCAUUUUUUGGGCAAUUCGGGGAAAAAAGAGGAGCAUAAAAAAUGAGCCCAAAGAACCAAAUGAAAAUUUGUUUUCCAUAUGGAGCUUUGAUGGAAAGAUAGUAUACGAAAACAUCGUUGAAGCCACAAAGGACUUCAGCUCCAAACAUUGCAUUGGGGUGGGAGGAUAUGGAAUUGUUUAUAAAGCCAAGUUGCCUAGUGGACAGGUUGUUGCUGUAAAGAAACUUGAUGCAUCAGAAGACGAUGAGAGAGAGAAACUGAAAGAAUCUGAAUAUGAGGCUCACAUCACGAAUUUUGGCACCGCAAGAGUUUUAUGGCCUGAUUCAUCUAAUUGGACUUCAUUUGCUGGUACUUUUGGAUAUGCAGCUCCAGAACUUGCUUACACCAUGAAACUCAGGGUUCUACCAAUGGAAGUGAUUAUGGGGAAGCAUCCUGGUGAGCUCAUCUCAUCCCUAUUGCCAUCAUGGUCAUCAUCAUCAGCAUCAACUGCCCAUGGUAUACUGUUGAAGGGAUUGUUGGACCAACACAUCUCGCCUCCCAGGAAGCAAGCGGCUGAGGAAGUGGUCUCUCUUGUGAAGCUAGCAUUUGCGUGUUUACAUCCUAGUCCACAGUUUAGGCCAACCAUGCAACAAGUUUCAGUGAUGCUAUCGAAACAGAGGCCAGCUUUGCAAAAUUCAUCCGAGAUGAUUACAUUAGCGCAGCUGCUAGAUAUCAAAUCUUCGACAUUCUUACCAUCAGUAACCAAGUCUUGUUAA